CCGGCCGUGAAGAAUGUGCACCCAUAAGCGCGCGCUUGCUGAGUGUGCAGGCAAGGCAAUUUCUGUUAUGGCUGAUUGGGCCAAGCACCUUGCGGGCAUAAAAGGGGUGGUGUUAGAUAUCAGCGGGGUGCUUUAUGAUAGUGGAGGCGAAGGUGGUGGAGUCCCCAUUCCUGGAUCUAUAGACGCUGUCAAAAAGGCCUCCCCAGUCCUGAGAAGAGUGCAGCACUAUAUGGAAGUCAGUGCAGUAGGAAAUGGCUCUUGCAUUGAAAGGAUCAAGGCAUCUGGGCUGAAGUUGCGGUUUUGCACCAAUGAAACUCAAGCUACGCGAGACAAAUUUGUGGGAAAGUUGCAGCGUUUGGGCUUUGACAUUGUAGUGGAUGAAGUCACUGCUCCAGCACCAGCAGCAUGCCGCAUUUUGAAGGAACGUAACCUGAGGCCACACCUUCUUGUACAUGAUGAUGUUGUCCCUGAAUUUGCCAGUAUCGAUAAAGCAAACCCGAACUGUGUGGUGGUGGGCGAUGCAGCAGACAACUUCUCUUACAAAAACCUUAAUGAUGCCUUCCGAGUUCUCAUUGGUCUAGAGAAUCCAGUUCUAAUAUCCCUGGGAAGAGGACGCUAUUAUAAAGAAACUGAUGGUCUAAAACUUGAUGUUGGCGUUUACAUGAAAGCAUUGGAGUAUGCCUGUGAUAUUGAAGCUGAAGUGGUGGGAAAGCCAGCCAAAAUGUUUUUCCAAUCAGCUUUGGCAGAAAUGGGUGUUCAACCACACCAGGCCAUCAUGAUUGGGGAUGAUAUUGUGAAUGAUGUAGGAGGUGCCCAGCAAAGCGGCAUGAGAGCUCUACAAGUACGGACGGGAAAAUACAGACCUUGUGAUGAACAACACCCAGAUGUGAAGGCAGAUGGUUAUGUGAACAACCUUGCAGAAGCUGUGGAUGUUCUUCUAAGGCAACUGGACAAGUAACUGGGCUGCAGAAGAUGACUGAAGGCAAAAAGAUAACUGAUCUAACAUGAGGCCUUGGUAUAAUUGAGCACACUGCUGUUCAGUUCAUUUGUAUGUCUUCCCCUGGUUUUUAUGCAAUCUGUGGUAACUGGCAGCACCACAAGUGUUUGCCUCAGAAGUCUAGCUUUUUCUAACUUGUUGCUAGUAACUAAAGUGAGGCAUGGACCACACAAAAACAAGCGGCUCAAAAAAAAGAAGACACCCCAGAAUCUUUUGAAUCUUAACUGUCUGUUUUGGGUACAUCUAACCAUGCCAUGUCAUUGAGUAAACAUCUGUGCCACGUACCGGGGUGAGACCUGUAGUGUUUCCUGUGCUGGAUUUGUUGUGUGUUUGCUGGAAGAAAGCCCAUAGAGUGAGGUCGCUCUGUCUCUAGGUCAUUCUGCUUGAAAAAUUAGUAUAGAAUUGUCCCAGUUUAAAAAUAAAUAUAGAUUCGUGCCAGGAGCAUUUCCAGACAGGGUUUUUAGCUUAGAAUGGAGGGUGUGCAUUCACAUAUCAGCCAGAUUCACACUGAAGUCUGUGCAAGACAUUGGGGAGCACUUCAUACAUGAUUCGGGUUUUUCAUUGUGCAUUAGAGCCUAGCCCGAUUUAUGUCUGGGAUUUUUAAAAAAUCAACUUUUUGCAUCAGGUUUUUGUUUUGUUUUUUGUUUGUUUGUUUUGACAAAUUCAAACUUACAGUAAAGCCUCACAAUAAACCCGUGGUAAAGCCUUCUGUCUGGGAAAACUCCAGAUAGUGCGUUUUGGGGAGUUGCUUCUUAUGCUUUUUUAUGUACAGGCUCCCUUGCAGAUGAGAAAAACCUUUGCACUUGCAAAAGCAGAAAGGCUGUUUUGGAAGCACCACAAAAGGACAAAAAGGUCUCCAAAUUUGCAGUAGAAGCUGGUAUUGCACCAGCAGCAUGUACCUACUUCUGAUAGGAUUUUCCAUUGGCCAGGCCGACAAAAAUUGCUCCCUGUCACAAUUCUCUACCACAGAGUAGGCUUGUUUGUUUCAUUUUGCAUGAUAUUCAUGUACUUGUUAACUUCAUAUACAGGAAGCAUUUUCUGAUAACUGGGAUUUUUGAGUUGUGCUCAGCGUCAGGGAUGGCACUUUCAUGAGGCAAGGUGUCUCAGGUUGCAGAUUAUUGGGGUGCUGGUGAGAUGGCAAGAUGCUCUCCUGAUCCCUGCUUUAUCGGCAGGGGGUGGGGAGGAGAAGGGUGCAUGCAAGGCACUUGGCCCCCUGACUCAGGGGCACAGGGAUCUUGAACCGCCACUGCUCCGCUUCAUAAACAUAUACCAGACAGCUAACAUGUUACACAGUGGGCCGGCUCAGAUGUAACUUAUCAUCCCCAGGUCUCAGGGAUGCAUCCUCGCCCCGUCCCAUAUGUAUGAGAGUGGAAAGAAUUCUCAUUCAACUUCUGGUUAUGUCUGAAUGCAGUGAUCUUGGCUUCGUCCAACUAGAGUUGUGAAAUAAACCUGAGAUUCAGAUCCUGAUUUAUUUCAGAACUCCACUUAGAAUGAGCAAACUCCAUGCAGAUAGGUAGAAUUCUUCCAACUCCAGCUCAGGCAGGGAGACAGAAGCAUAUGUUCCCAAGGCUUGGGGAUAUCAUAGAAAGCCAGACUGUAAUUCUGGUUAUGCCAGAACCUGUCUAUUGUCCGAUUUUCUGUUACCCAAUAUCAACUUAUUUUGUACACCUUUUUCUAUAGUGUAGUGAAAUCUGAUUCUAAUUAAGGGCAACAAAAGGACACCUGACUUCAGUUGCUGUUACAGAGCAUGCUCCAUUGCACUUGCAUUGCAUUAAAUAUACAACCUGUCCAGCAUAUGUAAAAGGUUGCAGCACCAGCUCUGCACAAUUGAUUGCCUAGUCCUCCACUGGACCCUUCUUGUGUCUCAACAAGACUCCCCUAUCUCCCAGUCCCAAGCAGUCCUGAACUUUAAAGAAAACAUUUCUUUUUAAAAAUAAAGCAAUAAAAUGACCAUGUGCACGGGAAGCUUUUAAAGAUAACAAAAAAGCGUGACAGCUGAGCCAGCAUCUGAUUCAGUGGUAUGCACAGCUGCCAUUACAGUUGCCAAGCUGGCCCCAUGACAGGCUCUCUUUUUCCAUUUUGUCUGCCUUUUCAAGUCUUAAAAGUAGCACUUGUUCACAGACAAGUGAGUGGGUAGUUCUGGAGCUGGUCUAGGUAGUAGUCUGGAGUUAUUUUCAAAUGUGUUUGACACACAACCGCUGUCACCUCCAGAGGGAACCAGAGUUAGGUCACUGCCCAGCACUUUUGAAGAAGGCCGGCCUAUAUUUUGCACACAUGCUAGUCCUUCACUGGACCCUUCUUGUGCAUCGGCAAGAUUCCCCAUCUCCCCUAUGUCAUGCAUUCUGAUCACUUUCAUCCUGCAGAAGACACAUAUUUGUACUCAGUUGCAUUGCCUUGGGGGAAAUACAGGCUUCCAUGACUGAACUGUUGCUGUGUAAUCACUUUGUUUUACUCUCCUAAGAAUAACCUUGCAUGUUGAGAACUAUCUUACGAUGGCUGGCUGCCGAGCUGGUGUUGGGUUUCUUGAUUUCAGAACCAAAUGUCUGUGCCCUCUGUCGCUGCUGCUCAAAAGUCCUCUUGGAUUAGGAAAGGGAGCAUAACAUCAACCAUCUCAUUGGAUUACAGUAUUUCCCCCUACCGGAGUAGCACUUACACACCCAUACAAAGUACAUACCAAUUUUUCUGGAAAGGAUGCUACAUCUUUAUCUAGUGCAAUUCCCAGGGCAUUCCAUGAGGACAGGGGAUUAUGGUGGGCAGGAACCAGGCACUGAGGAGACCUUGUGCUUGAACCACUACAGUUGCCACUGUCACCUAUGGCUGUGUGAUUAAAAGAAUGUUUUAUUUUCCUUUUUUAGAAGGAAAGGGCACUUACUUGCUACUAGCAACCAGCAGUAAGCAUCUGCCUAUGAACUUUUAUGACAAUUCUGCCCUAUCCCAUGGAAUUGCCGCAGUUCAUCCUGCCACCCAAAUCCUUCCCAAGCACCCAAAUCCUUCCCAAGCAAAUGAGUGUUCCGUUUAACAGUAAUAGAAACCACUACUUGAUAUUGAGCUGACACUGUUUUGCUUUCAAACAGAUAGACACUUGAUCACCUGACCUGAGUCCACUAUUAUAAUUAUAGAUAGCACCUAAGACUGAAAAUGUUCUUGGCGGUAAGCCCCGUUCAACAUAGUGGGAUUUAUGUUUGAGUAAACACCUGUAGGAUUGUGCUGUAUAUUUUUAUUGGGUCUGAUCCUCCAAGAAAUUAGCUCUUCCUCUGCCUCUGAAGGCAGCAAGAACUGAAGAGAAAGGCCAGACCCAGACCCCACAGAGCAUAUCUUCUGGUCUGUAACAUGUUUCUUAUCUUUCUUUUCUGUUAAAUUAAGCUGAAUGAGGAUCCAGAGCAAAUCUUGUGCCUAAUGUAGUUUCCUCAACUACCACCAUUAAUCUCUGAAGGAGGCAGAUGCCCAUGGGUUUCAUAUUCUGUCCCCAUGCCCUUUCAAAUCCAGUCUUGCGUAACUUCUUAUUUUUGGACUACAAUGACCAUCAUCCCCAGCCACAAUGGCUGGAGGCUGGGAAUGAUGAGAGUUGUACUCCAAAACUAAGAACUUAUUUUAUUUUAUUUACUUACUUUUUUCUAUACCACCCUUCCAAAAAUGGCCCAGGGUGGUUUACAUUAAAAUAAAAACAAUUAAAAUCAAUUAACAGUUAAAAUAAAAACAGUAUAAAACCAAUUAACAGUUAAAACAUUUAAAACAGUUUUAACACCCUGGAAAACCAGGCUGAACCUUUAUGGGUUAAAAACAAUUUUAAAACCCUGGAAGGCCAGGCCAAACAGAUAGGUCUUAAGGGCUUCCAUUCAUUAAGGCCAAUAAUGAAUUCAGAAUACGGAUUUCUACCGGGAGUGCAUUCCACAGCCCAGGAGCAGCUACAGAGAAGGCCCGUCUCUGAGUUGCCACCAGAUGUACCAUUGGUAACUGGAGAUGGACCUCCUCAGAUGACCUUAACAGUGAGGGAUCAUGCAGAAGAAGGUGCUCUCUAAGGUAACCCAGACCUAAGCCAUUCAAGGCUUUGCCCAGAAACAUAAAGGCAGCCAGUGCAACUGAUUUAAAACAGGUAUAAUAUGGUCUCUCUGAGAUGCCCCAGAGACCAGUCUGGCUACUGCAUUUUGAACUAACUGAAGUUUCUGAACUAUGUACAAAGGCAGCCCCAUGUAGAGCACAUUGCAAUAGUCAACCCUGGAGGUAACCAGCUGAUGCACCACUGAGUCAUCCUCUUCAAGGAUUGGACGCUGCUGUUGAAUCAGCCGACGCUGAUAGAAAACACUCCUGGCCAUGGCCUCCACCUGAGAUACCAGGGUGAGGCCUGGGUCCAGGAGUACUCCCAAGCUGCAUACCUGCUCCUUCCUGGGGAGUGUAACCCCAUCCAGCACAGGAAGCUCUAAUUCAUCCCUCAGUUCUGAGCCCCAACAAUAAGCAUCUCCAUCUUGCUUGGAUUCAGUUUCAAUUUGUUAUCCCUCAACCAACCCAUUACUGAAUUUACCCAAGAUUGCAAAACACUGUGCAAAUACAGUGGUGUAGCCACCAUGAAAUGGGGGUUGCAAAUGCCCAGGACCAUGGUUCUAUGGGGACUGCCAGCUGUACCCUCCAAGCCCUACCCCCACCCCAGUGCUAGGUGCUUGGGCCUAAAGUCAGCCACUCCCCAAGUCAUUGAGCUGCCCUAAUCCCACUGAGAUCAGGCGGCCUCUUGAAAGCAGGCCUGUUCUUGCUUGCAUGGGGCAGCAUGGCUGUGCUGGCUUGAUGAUGCCAUCAGGCUUCGUCGCUGUGGGAUUGGAGCCAAGUGCCAGCAGGUAGGCUCUGCUGAGCAAUGACAGAUGGGCAGCAACAGGAUGGUGGCAGGCUGCAAAGGCAGUCAGCAGCGUGCGGGGUGGCUCAUCCCCACCUUUUGCCCCAGGGCUGCCUCCAAGCUGGCUACACCCCUGAUGCCAAGGAAGGUGACUCUGGCAGUUUUGUUCAGCCACUUGGAUGGUCUCUAGAAUAGGCUCCCGGACAGGUUCCUAGCAAUUUUUUUAGGGUGUGGGGGGGAAGCAUUCAGUUACAUGAGCCCCCACCUUGCUGUCUGAAGUAGUCCAGCCUAGGUACUGUUUACCAUCCCAAAGAGAACAAGACCUGGACUGACAGCCUUAGUAAUUUGUAAUGACACCCCAAAUCUCUUAUUGGGCCAUCCUUCAAGCCCAUUCAAUUUAGAGCCGCUCUUUCUCUCUUCAGGGGAAGAGACUCUUUUCACAUGGAGGUGAUAGACAUUUGCAAAACAUCCCGUGGUUUACUGUGAUGCCCCUUUCUUUGCUGUGGCAUUCAAGCCCUGCACAUCGUUCGGACAUAUUUGUGCACUGAUGCGCCAAGCUUUCUUCAGCUGUGAAUUUAGACUUCCCCUCCAACUAAUCCCAAAUUGUGUUGCUUUAUUGACCUUAAUAUUUUAUUUUUUUUAAAUGUCAGGAGCAGUUUUGUAGUACUUAAGAGACAAACUACUGAGACAAAUUAAGUUAUGGCACUGACCUGCGCUAAUGUAUGGGGCUGUAUUUUUAGUGGACUGUCUUAAUGAAUAAACAUGGGUGAUUUACAAGUA